GCUGGUUGUCAUGGGGGAGGGACGAUGCUACCAGCCAGGCUUCUCCAAACCUUCUGUAUGUAUGCAAGGAGAAAGAGCAUCUUUGGGGCUGAAAGGAGACAUUUAGAGAGGAUGUGUCUGAUUUUUGUUUCCAUGUAUUUUUUUUCUUCACAGAACAUGAUCAAAUGAGGUACCUUAGCCAGCUUGGUGCCUGCUUCGGGUCUUGUAAUCAUCUGUGUAGCAAAGUGGGUAAAAUCAUUCAGUUUCUUCCCUGCUGGACCUGGAAGGAGAGGGGCUGUGCGCUCAUCCCCACCCAUUAGCUAUGCCCUCUUUUCUCCGAAUGUCGAUUUAACGAAGCAAGCACCUGUCUUCUGUCACUGCAUCUUCCUUGCAAACUUUAAAAGGCAUUUUAUCAGAUAGAAAGAACAUCGAAAAUGCUCUGAUCUCUAGUGAUGAAGAAUCUUGGAUUCGACACUUUUCACAUCCAGAUAUAAUGCACUUUAAUUGAAGAAAUACUGAACUGAACCUACAAGUCUCUUUCUUAUGGUGCUGGAUUACUGCUCCCGAACUGCCCCAAGACCAGCCCUGAGAGAGGGCUCUGACAGACCCAACUCACCUCCUGACUAUUCCACUUAGUUCUCCCCCGGGGACUUAAUUUUUGAAAUCAUCCUGUCUCCAUGAUACCAUCCAAGAUGAUGAGUGCUAAUCCUGAAGAAGACCCUCUGGACACCUUUUUCCAAUAUAUUGAGGAUAUGGGAAUGAAAGCAUAUGAUGGCCUGGUUAUUCAAAAUGCAUCCGACAUUGCUCGCGAGAAUGAUCGCUUGAGAAACGAGACAAACCUGGCUUACUUGAAGGAGAAGAACGAGAAACGUCGACGACAGGAGGAAACAAUCAAACGCAUAGGAGGAGAAGUAGGGCGAGGCCAGGACGCCAGUUACGCGGGCAAGCAUUUCCGCAUGGGGUUCAUGACGAUGCCUGCACCUCAGGACAGACUCCCACAUCCCUGCUCCAGUGGCUUCACUGUGAGAUCUCAGUCCCUGCACUCCGUCGGGGGCACUGAAGAUGACAGCAGCUGUGGAUCACGAAGACAACCACCUCCCAAGCCCAAGCGAGACCCCAGCACUAAGCUAAGCACCUCAUCUGAGACAGUCAACAGCACUGCAGCCAGUAAGAGUGGAAGACCUCUGGAGAGAGCAGAAGGUAAAUUCACCGUUCCUGCUUCCCACUCACCUCCAAGGGCUUCAACUUCAGGACACCUGUUUCCUUCCCCUGGGUCCCAGGAAAGAAACAUCAAGGUGUCUGCCAAGCCAAGACCCCACAGUGAUGAAUAUUCAAAGAAAAUUCCCCCUCCGAAACCGAAACGGAAUCCUAACACUCAACUUAGCACGUCUUUCGAUGAAACCUACAUCAAAAAGCAUGUGCCAAGGAGAACCUCUCUCCCUCGAGAUUCAUCCCUGUCCCAGGUCUGCAGCCCCGCGGCAGACCCCGAAGAAGAGGAGCCUGUGUACAUCGAGAUGGUGGGGAACAUCCUCAGAGACUUCAGGAAGGAAGAAGAUGACCAGAGCGAGGCUGUGUAUGAGGAGAUGAAAUAUCCCAUUUUCGACGACCUGGGCCAUGAUUCCAAAUGUGACUUUGAUCAUCACAGUUGCUCUUCGCAGUGUGCUACUCCCACGGUGCCUGACCUGGACUUUGUCAAGUCUUCGGGACCAUGUACUCCCAAGGGUCUGCUUUGUGACAUACCCCCGCCCUUCCCCAACUUGCUUUCUCAUAGACCACCCCUGCUGGUGUUCCCACCGGCCCCAGUACACUGCUCUCCCAAUUCCGAUGAGUCUCCACUGACCCCUCUGGAGGUCACAAAGCUUCCUGUGUUGGAAAACGUGUCUUAUAUGAAACAGCCGCCUGCAGCAUGUCCAUCCUCACUGCCAUCCCAUGGCUCCAGUCAUGCUAAAGACCAGACAGGAGCCUUGGGCCCUGCUCCUGGAGCAUCCAUUCUCUCUUCUUCCCCUCCACCCCCAUCCACAUUGUACAGAACCCAGUCUCCCCAUGGCUAUCCAAAAAGUCACUCCACCUCCCCAUCCCCUGUCAGCAUGGGGAGGUCCCUGACGCCCUUGAGUCUCAAGAGGCCUCCCCCUUAUGAUGCUGUGCAUUCUGGCAGCCUCUCAAGGAGUUCUUCCUCAGUGCCUCACACGACCCCAAGACCCGUGUCGCAAGAUGGAGCCAAGAUGGUCAACGCUGCGGUGAACACCUACAGCGCUGUGCAGAGUGGUUCCAGGUCCAGGACACCCACCAGUCCUUUGGAGGAGCUCACCAGCCUCUUUACCUCAGGGCGGAGCCUGCUGCGGAAGUCAUCCAGCGGUCGAAGGUCCAAAGAGCCAGCAGAGAAAUCCACAGAGGAGCUGAAAGUUCGAAGCCACAGCACGGAGCCGUUACCAAAGUUGGACAGCAAAGAGAGAGGUCAUUAUGGAUCAUCAUCCUCUAGAGAGCCAGUGAAAGCUCAAGAAUGGGAUGGAACCCCAGGUCCACCUGUGGUCACCAGCAGAAUGGGCAGAUGCUCUGUGAGCCCCACAUUGUUGGCAGGAAGUCACAGCUCAGAACCUAAAGUAAGCUGCAAGCUAGGCCGGUCUGCAUCUACAUCAGGAGUCCCUCCUCCUUCAGUCACUCCUCUCAGGCAAGCCAGUGAUCUGCAACAGAGCCAGGUGGCAUGCAUGCAGUGGUUUCAUGGAGACCAUACAAUGCUUGAGAUGAUUGAGAAAAAGCGUUGCUUGUGCAAAGAAAUAAAGGCUAGACAGAAAACGGAAAAGGGCCUUUGCAAACAGGAUAGCAUGCCGAUCCUACCCAGCUGGAAGAAGAGCGCAGGCGCCAAGAAGUACAGCCCGCCGCCCUAUUCUAAACAGCAAACGGUAUUCUGGGAUACUGCCAUAUGAGUGUGUGCUGGCGUGAGCUCCAUGUUGCUUAAUCCAAGGGAGGUCGACUUGGUCUUGUGAUACCUAACUGUUCCAUAUAUUCUUUGUUGAUGUGGAAUACCACAGGAAGCCGUGAGUACUGUGGCAUACCCAAGAUAAAAUGUGUUUGUCCUUGAAGUUAAGGCACACUUACGUAUCCUGGAUUAUUUUGAAUCCAGAAUAUAUUAAAUUGUAAAUAUUUUGCUAGUUUAUGAGUGACACCUGAAAUAAUAAUCAUUACACAUAUUUAAGUUGCAGAAACAUCAGAAAAGUUUAAUAGAUGAUAUAAUUUGGUAUGAACUGGUUUGUUAUCUCUUUUAUAUGUAACCCCUGGAUGCCUUUUCUUAUUAAUUUUUGCAUUUAAAAUGUCUUUGUCCUCCGACCCACAUUUGGCUUCUAUAGAAGAUCUGACAGGCAGAAGUCCUGUUUAAAUACAUAACAUGUGAUCUGGUGCUAGCAAUACAGAAGUUGAAUAUCCCGUUUGUAAAGAUUAUCUGCUGCUUUCUAAGUUUGAAAGGGAUUAAUUGGAAGUGAAAGCAAGCAGGACCCCAGUCUGGAGGCCCAUGUUCCAUGGACAGUCGUUCUACAGUGACUUCAUAAGGAUUCCAUUCUUAUCCUUGCGUCUGCACUUGGUAUUAGCAAGUCAGACUACAGAGAAAAGUAGUAGGAUAUAUUGGGACAUUGCGGCAGCAAACUUUCCUUCAGAAAUAAGGUUUAGAGUUGUGUGUCCUUGCAGCAUUGAUCUGAUUGGAGGAGACCAGGGUUCACUGUGACAUUGGAAAUAACAAAGAUUCAAAACCAUAAGAGCACAGCUGUUUUCAAGAAAGGAGGAGCAGAGACAUCGUAGACAUAAUAUUUUAAGUAAUUUUUAUAGGCAUGGUUUUCCACAAGAAAUAAAGAAAUAAACAUUCAACUUACAAAUUUGCAUAUUUUAGUAUACUCCAUGCCAGCCUUCCUCAAAAUUUAAGUCCAUUUUUGGAAAAGUAUUUCUUCCCAAUCUUUUAAAGCUAAUCAUUAUAUUUUUGGGUCAUAAUCUUCUGUGGAUAACUAUUUUACCCAUUCUUACUGAUUAUGACACCAUGACCAAAGAAUUAUGACCACUUCAUUAUUUUAUUUUAUUUUAAAGAAGAAAUAGGAAAUGUAGGGGAUAAAAGAUAGGGUGGACUCAACUUUAUGUGGUGGUAAAAUUUAAGUUAAGAAAUUUAAUUUAAGAAAAAUGGUAUAUAUCUUUUAAAAGUAACUUGUUAGUUGAAAAUAAAUAUUGCCACGGAUAAAUAAAAAUAAAACUAUCACAUAUAUUUUGUAUAUUUAAAUUACUAUUUAUGCUUCCUAAAAGGAACAGUAUGCGAUUCUUCAAUAACAAUCAAUUUAGUAUUAUAUUUCUGAGAGGGAAAAGUGUGUUUGAAGUUAUUAUCAUAGCAGUUUUUCUUGUAAGGGUAUUGACAGCAAUAGUUCCAUGCUGCUCAAUAAAACCAAAUAUGACAGAAGUUAAGGAAUUUUUGUAAUCUAUAUUGAUAAAAAAAUUCUAGUAAUUCUUUAUCAGUAAUAGUUCCUCGAAGAGAGUUUGAAAUGUUAUAACAUAAUUUUUUAAUGUUUUAUAAUUAAUGUAUAUUUUGAUGUCCAAUUAUAAUGCUGAAAGAAUAAGGGAAACAGUAAGUGGGAGCAUGUGUUGUGUGUGUGUGCGUGUGUGUGUGUGUGUGUGUGUGUGUAUGAAAAAUCAGUGGGAGAACUGUAUAUAUAAAAUGCUUACAGAAGCUGCAAGUUCUGCUUGUACAAGUAAGAUGGCGACGAAGGCAAAAUAACAAAUGCAGCGAACCAUAGAGAUCUUAAGCAGUUUAAACGGAUACCUUCGCUAUGUGUCACCAGCUAUGUAGACUUAUAAUUUAAGCCCAACAGCCAACACAGCACAGAUCUAAGAGUGAAAAAAACAUCUUUAGAUGAAAGCAUAAUUGAAAUCAAAUGUGUUUAUGGCCCAAGUUGCUAUCUUGACUUGAGCAGUUAUGACCUCAUAGAUUUAAACCAAUCAAACACAAGACACCAUCCAUCAGCAUUUCUAUGAUCUUAGUGCACGUGUAUUCUGGCUAUUGCAGUAAAUAUGACCCCUCUCUUGACAUUUAAGUGUAGGCAAUAUAUUUCUAAGUGUGUCUUUCAAAUGCUGAUCUUACACAUAUCACUCUGAAUUAGGCAGAAGAUAAUUGUUAAUGUUGGUCACUUGUUCAGAAGGAAACAGGUACUAAACUGAUUUGUGUUGGACUCAGCCAUUCAUUCACGUGUGUUCUGUCAUGCUCAUGCCAUGGCCACAUGUCAUACUCCUUCAAAUGUGCUAAUUUUUUUAAAGGAGUUACCUUUUUUGACAAUUUGAACUUCGGCAACUAUUUCCAUUUAUUUCUUCAAAUCUCUCUCUACAUGAGAAAGAAUUGGAAUAUCUGGGAAAAUGUCUUCACUUGGAUUUAACUUCAGAUCUGUAACUCUGUGCCUAUACAAUAUUUAAUUGUCCACUGUGACAAUUAGCUAUUCUAUAGUCAGCUUCUCCUUUGUAUAGAGUUUCUCUUUGUUGUGAAAAAAGAGUCAUUAGUACAUAGAAAAAAAUCAUGCUGACUCUGUCUGGUGGCAAUAAAUUAGGGUACUUCACUAUAUGAAUCUGGCUGGAAGAUAACCUGCAGCCAGCACAUGAUGACAUGAUAAUGCACAUAUUUCUAGCAGUGCCAAAGAACAAAUCAUAUAAAGGCAUGGUUAUCAGGCCAAGAGAACUCAUACUUAUGACAAAUAGUCUUUUCACAGCAAAUGUUGUAGAAACAGAUUUUUAUUGGCUGUCAGUAAGAUGCUUUUAAGUGUGAAAUACUUCCUAGUAGAGAAGACACAAAUUUCCGUGGAAAUGAUGGAAGGAAAGAGUAAAAUACUGUGUUUUCCCCAUCACAGAUGCCAGCAAUACGUGAGAAACCACACUUUACAGAGACAUUGCCAAUAUCUCCCUCUGUAUUCUAUUGAAGCAAAAGUUUGAGGUAAAAAGUGAUUUUUGCAAAUAAGGAUGAAUUUUCAGCCAUGUAAUAAUUGAGAAAAGAAAGAAAACAUCAAGAGGUAAAAAUGUAUUAAUUUGUAAAGCAUAUACCUUUGGACACAAAAUAAUUGUUUGGACAUACGAUCACUUUUUAAAAUAGUGACAGUUUUAUACUGCUGACAAGUAAUGAGAACUUGUUAGAAUGCUUCUAGAAAAUCGACAUAUUGACAUAGGUGUGUUCUUGUCUACACCUAGAAUUUGGUUUGAGUUUUUUGAACAAUUUAAGUAGAAAGUCAACACACCUGAACAGCCCCAGCUAGUUACUGUCCUAAUAAAGUCAUCAGAAUAACAUAACUAUAGAUACAAUCUUUGUAGUACUUACAUGUUAAACUCUGUCAAAUUCCCAAGGUAGGGCUUGGAAAUUAACCAUUCUUCCACCUGACAUUAAAACAAAUAUUCCUUCAAUUUAUGGAGUAAGAAAUUUGAGGCAAGCUGUAAGUCUCAUGUGAAGGAUAGAUAGGAUAGAAUAUUCUUUCCUCAUACACUGUAUCCUAAAUUCUAAAGGAAGUUAAAGGAUUGGCACGUACAUUGUAUAGGAAUACUUGCAAUACCUUGCAGAUUUGGAACAAUAACUAACAAAUUAGAGAAUGUCGAUAAUUUGAUAGCAAUACAUUGUUUUUUUUUUUAAUUCAUUGUAUCAUUUAAUUAUACAGUUUCAGGAACACUUAGAGUUUAAUGUUGAACAACAUAUGGUCAUUGCAAUUAAGGAACUCAAGUAGGCAAUCAUUAAUAUUUUCACAAUGAAAAAAACAGUUGUUUCCAAUAGUAUACACAAGUCCACAUGUUUGGCAGAUUUUAAGUGCUUAUAUGCAGUGUUCUUGUUGUUUUCUGGUCAAGUGUACAGUCAAAAUAAAAGAUGAAAAUAUACUAAAUUUAUGUCUGAUUAUAACAUACGUGUAUGUGUAAGCCUCUACGUGUACAUUACAAUAUGUACUGCUAUCUGUAUAAAUCAGUAAAGAUGACACUGUUUUAUCAUGUUAAAUGUAAACAUUGUGGUUGGGGUUUGGAUGGCUUAAAGCCCUCUCAUAUUUGGGUCAAUUUUAUUGGCACAAAAUGUGUAUAAUCUGGGAAAAUGUCUGGCUACGUUUUAUUCAAUUAUUGUGAAGCUUCAGAAUUAGGGAGAAACAUUUAAAAAAUAUUGUUGAAAUUAUCUUAAAUAAAAAUUUAUGAAUAAUCCUUCAAAAUAUUCAUUUGUUCCCAAAUAUAAUGGGGUUUGCCCACCCUAGAAGCAUUUAUAUUUAAACAUGUACACACUCAGAUACAGAAUACAUACUGUAUAUAAUAUAUAUGACAAUGUUUAGUAUGCACUUCUUUGGUUUGGACUUACCAUUUAUAGUGUAGCAAUUUGUGUAAAGUGCACUGUGAUUAUAAAAAGAAUCAAAGCACAGUACAGUCACAUUUUUGUUAUCUUGCACUAAAAGUGUGUUUACGUAUUUAGCAAUUGUAUGUUUACUUUCUUGACUUUUCAGAUAUUUGAAACAAAUAGCUAUGAAAAAAUGAUAUAAACUAAUCUGUUUUUUAGUGGAUAAUGACACUACAUUUUUAAAAGACAGGGUUUUUAAAGAAAACCAUUAAACAUCCAUUCCAACACUAACAUGUUUACCAUAUCUAAAGAUCUGAAUGUCAUAUUGCAUUUUUCAUAACUCAUUAGCAAUGUCAGGUAUGUGCCUGAAUAUUUGUGCAAAUAAGCAUUAGAUAACAGAUUUCUCUAUUCAUGUAUUCUUAGGCAUUUCUAUAUACAUAAUAAUAUAAACACUGAUGUUUUAAUGUCUCUUAAUUUUUGUACUUGAUUUUUUUAGGUGAUAUGUAAUUAUAUAUGUACUUUGAUACUACUGAAGUAACCAGAUGUUGUUUGAAAACAAAUUGAUUUCUCUCUAGUGCAUUGACAAUAUUUUAUGAUAUUUUGUGCUUAUUUAUUUGUGCUCCCGUGUAAUUAUAAUAAAAGCAAUAGUUUAAAUU